AUGUAUAUUUAUGCAUUUCCGUUAAAAAUUGAUGCAGAUAUGUCAUCUGUACAUGACCAAGAGACGUUUAAUCUCUCUCUCUAUUUCGCUUACUCUCUCUCUCUCUCUUUCUCUCUCUUUCUUCUUUCUCUGCUUUCCCUGUUCCUCUCUCUAUAUUUCCUCUCUCUAUUACUCCAUCUCUCUCUCCCCGCUCUCUUUCUUUCUCCCUGUGUCUAUCUUGCUCUCUCUCUGUUCUCUCUCUCGCCCGAUCUGAUCUUCCUCUCUCUGUCUACCUCUCCUCCAUUCUCUCUCUCUCUCUCUCUCUACGCUGUCUCUUUCUCUCUCCCUCUUUCUCUCUCUCUCUCUCUCUGUUCUUUUCUCUCCCCUCUUCCUCUCUCUCAACUCUUUCUUUCUCUCCCUUCUUCUCUCUAUUUGCUGCUAUCGCUUCCCCUCUCUCUUUCUCCCUUCCGCUUUCUCUCCUUCUUUCCCCCCUCUCCCUCUUUCCUUAUGUCUAUCUCCGUCCUCAAUCUAUCUUCAUUUCUGUCUCCUCUCUCUCUCUCUCUCUCUCUCUUUCUCUCACUCACUCACUCACUCACUCACUCACUCUGUAACGAAUAUUACUUGUUGCCGAAGUAG